CUCUCGCAUCCUGAUCUACAGAAAGCUGAGUCUCCUGGAAGGUUUCGAAACUGCAUGUGUUUUGUUUACACGAAUUUAAGGUCAAGUCUGUUUUGAAAAGUUCAGAAAUCCCAUUUUUCUCUGUAACGCCGACGAAAUCCAGCGGCAUAUCCGCGUCCGCGAUCGGAGGAGUGUGCUCACGUGAUAUCACAGCUAAAAGUAGUAUCUUUCCUCAGAAAUGGUAUAGGUUACCUACAGUAUGGCGGUUUCACCUGGCUGUAAAGUACGCGUACUGUACGAUUUUGAAGGUGAUCGACCUUCUGGAGAACUCGUCGUCUACGCGGACGAAAUUCUGACCGUGACCAGAACGGACGUCGGAGAGGGUUGGUGGGAAGGAGUUGGACCCGACGGAUCUAGAGGUCUGUUUCCUGAGGCCUAUGUAGAGCUAGCAGAGUAUCCAGCACCACAGUCUGACAACCUCCGUCCUUUACCUUCGGCACCUCUGUAUAAUCAGGGCUCAGUGGAUGGAGCAGAUGGAUGGGAUGAUGAUUGGGAUGAUGAUGAAACUGUCAGCAACUACAGUGGGGGAGACCAGGAGUCAACAAUCUCAUCAUUACCAAGGAGAGGAACCAAUUCAGGAAUGGUUAGAACAGGGACAGUUCGAAAGAGUAUGAACAGGUUCUCGUACUUUGUGAAAUCUGGUGGAGAAGCUUUUGUCAUUGGUACACAACAGACAGAUGUAAAAGUUCCACAGAAUGAGAAAGUAUCGAUCAUGGAAGACAGAAAGCGGAUUACUUGGUGCAGCCACCCAGACCCAUUCACAUGUGUGAUAAAUUCCCCUGAGAAAAAAAGUAAAUUUAAAGGGAUGAAGAGUUUUAUUGCGUACAACAUAAUACCCAGUAAUACUGGAGUUGUUGUCAGCAGACGGUACAAACAUUUUGAUUGGCUGUUUGGCCGCUUGGUUGAAAAGUAUACAUGUAUAUCAAUUCCACCAUUACCAGACAAACAAAUCACAGGGAGAUUUGGUGAAGAGUUUGUGGAGAAAAGAAGAGAUAAACUUCAACUGUGGAUGAACAGAAUAUGUCUUCAUCCUGUGCUAUCUCAAAGUUUUGUGUUCAAACAUUUUAUUACAUGUGGGGAAAAUGAGAAGGAAUGGAAGCAAGGAAAACGAGCAGCAGAGAGUGAUAAACUUGUUGGUGCAUCUUUUUUUAUGACAGUAGACCGUCCCCAAGAAAGAUUAGAACUUGUGCCAGUAGAAAAUAGAAUAGAACAAUUUGGACGAUUUAUCAAAAGUAUGGAUGAAAGUGUCAGGGCAAUUCAGGACAGAGGUCAAGUACACUGUGAGAAGUGCCAAGGAUCAUACAGGAAUGAAUAUAAGAAGAUUGGUAGCACUUUUGGAUCUCUUAGCACAGCUUUUGCUAUUGAUGAAGAUUCGCCAAGUUCUCAACAAUUAACUCAAGCAGUAGAGCAUACAGCAAAAAUUUAUGAUGAUAUUGGAGAAAUGAUAGCAGAACAGCCCAAGAAUGACUUUUUACCUUUGUUAGAAGGACUUAAGGAAUAUUCAGGAAUGCUAAGCACCUACCCAGAUGUACUACAAGUUCACAAGGGUACAAUCGGCAAAGUGAAAGAAUGUCAGAGACUUAAGGAUGAAGAGAAGAUGGAGGAUUCUACUUUUGAAGAAGUUUGCUCACGAGCAGACACCAUAACAUAUGUUUCAUAUGCUGAAAUGAGCCAUUUUCAUGAUCAAAAAGUUAAAGACUUUAAAAGUAUGAUGCAGCACUUUCUACAAGAACAAAUCAGCCAUCAUCAAAGGGUAAUACAGAAGUUAGAAGAAUCCUUGAAGAUGUAUGAUAACGUUCAAAUAUAACUCAUCAUGAUCCUUUUCAGACGUUGAUUCUCCUGUGAAAUACAUGCAUCUCUUAUUUUUUACAUACAAUGAAACAUGCAAGUAGUAAUGGUUAUAGGACUGAGUAGAGUCCAGUUCCAUCUGUAGUCAUACAAGUGAUUAGCAAGUGGGAGUCCAAUUUGUUAAUCACAAGUAUGAUUACAGACAGAAUUGGACAACACAAAGUCCUGUUACUAAUAAAUCAAAACUAUGACAAAAUUAAAGAAAGAAACAAGACAUUCGUUCUACAUUCUUAUAACAAAAAAAAACCAGUUAACUCGCCAAAAUGUAAAGCAAUAGUAUGUGCACAUAAUGUGUUCUGUCCACUUACUCAGGCAUAAAGUGUUAAUUAUCCUUGGUAAUAAGCAAUCACCUUCAAGAAUUUUGUUAUAGUUUUGAUUAUCAGCUUAGUUUGUCAUCUGUGCAAGUAAAUGUAAAGAGAGGAAAUAAUUAUUAUGAUAAGAAAGCACUUUUUGUUACAGUGAGUAUCUUGUUAACCCUUUUACUCCCAAUAUCUCAUUGGCAACUCUCCUUACUGUCUGCCAUACAGUUCUUGUGCUGUUAGUUUGGAGAAUUUGG